AUGAAUACGGAGCAUGGGCAGCAGUGGUCCAGGGCCCACAGGGGCCAGAGCUCCAGGGACAGGAAGUCCAGAAAGCGCAACAAGCACAAAGAAACCUACUCAAUGUAUGUCUACAAGGUGCUGAAGCAGGCGCACCCUGACAUCAGCAUCUCAGCCAAGGUCCUGAGCAUCAUGAACUCAUUUGUGAAUGACACCUUUGAGUGACUGUCUGGCAAGGCUGCCUGGCUAGCCCAGUACUUGGGCCAUACCACCCUGACUUCACGGAAAGUCCAGACGGCCAUAUAUCUGCUGCUGCCAGGGGAGCUGGCCAAGCAUGUUGUGUCCGAGGGCACCAAGGCCAUCACCAGGUACACCAGCUCCAGGUGA